AUUGUUACUUGGUACGCCAGAGCAGCAAAACGCUAGCAAAAUUUACGUAGAGCGUGAAAAGGAUUAAAAGUUUGUGAAUUUGUCUAACUAACGGACCCGCUAGCGUAAGCUCCACCUGUGCACGGUGUUUGCUGUGUCCGUGCUGUACAACUACCCCCUAAAAGCGUCCAGCAACUCGAUUUACUUUCUCCAAAGUACGGGAGAAACAGUAGCAGCGCCCCGAAGAAAGCAAUAGCAAAAAUGUCGUUCGCGGAAAGAUUAACCACCCUAAUGGCCCGUCCCGGCCAGGACAAUGUGCCGCGGGAUGAUGUGCCGUGGCAUCUGAAGUACGGUGGACGAGCGGCGGGAAUCGUCGGUGGAUUCUUCGCCGUCCUGUUCGGGCUGUACAACUGCAUCGGUAUACUGCUUGGGGAUGUUUCCUGUUUGAUCAGUGGCAUCCUGCAGAUUCUGGCCGGAUUCAUCGUGCUAGCAAUAGAGGCACCAUGUUGUUUCAUCUUCAUAGACUUUGUGCAGCAGGCGGCAGAGAAGGCAGACCAGCGGCCGUACUGGAACCGGGCAGUACUCUACUGUUCCAUUGCUAUCCUGCCCGUAGUGCUCUGUAUAAGUUUGGGAAGCCUGUUCGGCUGUGGGCUCAUAUUUGUUACCGGCAUGCUGUACGGUAUGAUGGCGCUUGGCAAAAAAGGAUCUCGUGAGGAUAUGGCGGCGAUGGCCUCCCCGAACGCUAUGUCCCCGGUGCAGGGCGUACCGUCAACGGACCAACACUCCACCCUGAUGGAGGAUCCCGAUAGCGUCGUUAGAGGACAUGCGAGCAGCAGCGGCAACAACGUCGGCGGGAGCCAGCUCGUCCGCUGAGCAGGGCAACGGUAUGUCGUCGGUCGAGGUCGUCGGUGGCGGUGGUGGUAGUACGACGACCAAGCAGAACUCCACGCUAGUGUAUAAUGUCCAACCGAUCUCUUACAGCUCACCGCCCCCGUACGAUAGUGUAGCUUAGUUGCGGAACGCAUUCGCAAGCGUUCAAAUUAUCUCUCGAGCAGAUAGCCAAGGCGACGCGCGAUUGACUGAGGAGCGGGCGCCCAGAUAGACGGCAUUAUUGUUUCCCUAUGGAUACUGUGCGCCCGGAAAGUAUAGCCAAUUUUGCUACGAAAUUUGUGGAGAGUUACUUGGUUUAGCUUAAGAAUACGCGCUACUCCAGCUUUUUUUCUAUCAAAUUAUCUUCAGUUCCUUCAGUUCCGGAGAUUUCGGUGCGAACAAGUGAUGUACAAUCUGUACAAUUGUAUAGAGCGAGAAAGUGAGAGAGAGAGAGAGAGAGAGAGAGAGAGAGAGGAGAAAAACACUAAAAUAUCAACCACUGCUUAUCGUAACAAUCUUGAUUUGAACUGCUUUAUUUUUAAACGAUUUUAAACCUAUGGAACGAAAACACGCAAGAGCGGAAUGGAGAUGAUGCACUACAUCUAACAAGGAAACAAAUUUAUUUUUGCUUUGCAAUUUGGUGGAACUAAUACGUUUUGCACAAGACAUUGGGAGUGGACAUUACUCUUUUUUGCUGCAAAAACCUUUUGAUUUUGUUUCAUUCUUCUGUACAUCCAAAGCAAUAGUUUGUGUUGCUCGAGCAAACGCACUCUCUCGUCCGUACGCUUGCUUUUAGUAUUCACCAAAGGACCAGAGGUAUAAUAUUUAUGAGACCUAACUUAUCGAAAUGCUCUUUCAUCUUGGUUAAAAAUGUGAUAAUUUUAGUCCCUAUCCCGCCCCCCUAUUCGAAUGCAAGCAAUGGAAACAAUCACAAAGGAAUCGGAUCGGUCAAUUGCAAGAAUCGUUUCGAGACCUCAAACAGACAGACAAACGGACAGAGUGGUACAACACAUUCCAACCCACGUAUGCCUAUUUGGGUUUUGUGCAGAAUAAGCACGUUUAGAAAUAUCGCUACACUCACGUUUAUCGGUAAGCGUUUACGAGCAUAUCCUUGCGCGAGAUAUCCUCGCACAGAGAUUGAGCUGCCUGUUUUCUUUUUUUCUUAUCCUGCGCUUUGCAGAGGAACGUAACGUGCUGCAGGCUUAGGUGGCCUAAGAGUUUGAAGGGUCAGUGGAAUGGACUGGAGCAACGCGGUUGUUGUUUCGGUCCAACAGCAAAGCGUCGAAUAAAUGUCCCGCUCCUUCCCGAUAACAGCUAGAGCCUAAGUUACAUAUCCUGGAAGCAACAUUACUGUUAAUGCUUCUUGCUCGUGCGCCCCCCGCCCGGUGUCGGCUUCCGCUGUGAAGCUCAUGGCUUCGAAGCAAAGCAUCACGAUGACUUUCACGGGGUGGCAAGCUGAAAUCGGGAGAGAGUUAAAUAGUUAAAUAAUGAAAAUUAAACAGACGAUUAACGAUAUCAACGAUGCUCUUCUAUCAUGCGUGCGAAGAAAACAAAAAAGACGAUACUCGACACAGUGCGAACGUACGCGUGCCGACCUACGGUUGGGGAGAAGAAAAUAAAGUCCUCCAUUUCGCAUGUAGAUAAGCAUGCAUUAUGUAAAGAAUACCAUAUUUACAUAAUAUAUAUAUAUAUAUACAUAUACAUAUAUCGUGUACGAUACAAGAAACCGAUAGACGCGCAUAGAGAAAUAAAGUAAAAGAGAAACACAAACAAAGCAAAACAAAAAACGUUGAAGAAGCAAGAACUAGAGAAGAACUAGACAAAAGAAACCCGUAAAAUCAACAAGUAAGUAAAAAAAAACUGGUAGCAAAAUAAGAAAUAUCGACAUAAACGAGUGCAGAAAAUAAAGGAAUAAGAAUAUUACCGUUACCACUA